UGAUUAUCGACUGUCAGCUAAUUUUAGAACCUUCGAUACAUCUCACAACGCACUGAAUUAUGUAGAAUAACUGUUGUGCAGUAAACGUAUAUUCACUGGUGUGGCUCUGCACACUUCGCCUUUUUGUAAACAGGGCACGGCACUGGGUCCCUCCUCUCUCACCCAGAUGAUCAGUGGUCUGGUUGGACAGCUUCUGAUGCUGGAGCAGCCAGGUGAUCCUUCAGCGAACUCUCAGUCCUCCCUGUCUGCCUCUCCCAUGUUUGUUUCCAGCACUGCUUCUCCCCCCUUUCCCUCAGCUAAUACAUCUGGACAGACAUCCACCCGCACCACAAGUACUACCUCAGUCGGUCAGCCAGCAGAGACCAGCCCAGAGGGAAACAUGGCUCAGCUCUUGGGAUCUCUACUGGGAGCAGCAGGGUUGGGUGGUCCUGCCUCUGGAUUGGCUCCAUCCAUCACUGUGACAUUACCAGGGGUUCCUGGCUUCUUCCAGAGCGUGUCAGACGUGGCACCACCACCUGCCUCUGGCCCCAGGGCCUCACUUCCUCAUCAGUCCAUUGGUCCUGCUCCCUCUCAGUCCGGCAGCAGCCCAGCCGGAGACUCUCUGAGCCCAGAUUUAUUCUCUGGCAUUAUGCAGGGAGUGCUGUCCACCAUGAUGAGCUCUUUUGGGGCACAGCAGGGCAGCGGAGAAAGCAUUGCCCAGUUCAUCCAGAGGCUGUCCCAGACCAAUAACCUGUUUGUUCCUGGCUCUGGGGAUGCCGUGGGGUUCUUUGGGGACCUGCUGUCCCUGGUGUGUCAGAGCUUCUCUAUGGUGGAUAUGGUGCUGUUGCUUCAUGGGAACGCCCAGCCUCUGAGACGCAUCCAGCCUCAGCUCACAGACUUCUUCACUGAACACUAUCUCCAGGACCAAGAACCUACUGAUGCCAACAUAGCUGCAGCAGCUGAGGACCUCAUCAAUGGACUUGAGGAUUACAUAGCUGAGAGCUUUGCCACAGUGACAGUGCGUGAGGGAGUGGACAUAAUUCAGACCAACCUGUCUUUCUUCAGACAGCAGUUCACGCAAAUGGCCACACAUAUCCUUCGCUGCCACGAUCACAUGUUUGGCCCCCGCCUGCUGUUGCUGUGCACUCAUAGCCUGUUUGAGUGUCUGGCUCUAAACCUGUAUUGCCUGGGAGGAGAACACAGAUCUCUGACUGCUGUUAUCAACCAACACAUUAGGAGGAUGUCUGCAGACGUCAAUCCCAGUCUGGUCAACUGGCUGACCAACAUGAUGUCUAUGAGGCUGCACAUCAUUCUGGAGCAUAACCCAGUUACUGAGGACCAAAUCCAACACUACAUUAUCCAUUUACAGGAGGAGUUGAACCAGAGGACGGAGACUGAGGUGGAACAGCCAACAGAGCGUACAAGUGUGGAGAUGGAGGAGAGUUCGUCUCCAGCUGCAGCCACUACAGCAGAGGAGGCCAUGGUUUCCACCGGAGAGGGAGAAGCACCUCCACCUGGUUUAUCUGUGGAUGGUUCAUCUCAGUGCUCCUCUGGGCCCCGAGCAGGACACGACGAAGUGGCUCCUGAAGUGGAGCCGUGGGCAGCAGCUGUUCCACCUGAAUGGGUUCCCAUCAUCAGACAUGACAUGCUGUCCCAGAGGAAGAUCAAAGCCCAGCCCCCGCUGUCUGAUGCGUACCUGCAUGGGAUGCCUGCUAAGAGAAGGAAGGUAAAGUGUGACAUCACACAACGAGUGAGAGACGAUCCAGACUUCACCGGCCAGAGAUUCCCCAACACACAUCGAGCUUUCUCUACAGAAGACUCCUAGUCCCAGUCAAACAGCUUGUGCCACAGAGGAGCAGGAUGAGGUGAUGAAACCUGCAGCGUGAGACGCUGAUACAUGUAAUGUGGCAUAAGCAAGGAGGACAGCUGCUGACUUCACUUCCUCCUCUCUUCUGUGUCAUGGAGACACACGCCGCUGUAGUUUGGUUAGGAUGGGAAAGUCUGCAGACUCUUGCUAAAACACCUCCAACACCUCUGAGAAGGACCUGACAUCAGUGCAGAAGCAAACAGAUCUACAGGAUCAAAGGGAUCGAGCUUAAUGUCAGAACUAAUCCUCUAUGGUAUGCAGUUUCUAAUCAGCGUGGGCAGUCAUACCAAAGUUUGAGAUAUUAUUAGUAAAUUACUGUAUAUUAGUUAGUGGUGGUGUCACUGCAAGAAAACUGAAAGAACAGAGUCAGAAUGUUCAGAGAAUAAAGUUUCAUUAAUCUGUGAAACAGAUGCACAAUGAGAGUGAACGUGUGAUCUGACAAGUCAGCGUGCUUAAUAUUAGGAGGAAAAGUGUUAUAGUGUUGUUAAGGACAAAAAUAUUUUAUGAGAUAAAGUGUAUUUAUUGUUAUAGUGAAAAAACUUGUGUGAGCACAAAUCUAUGCUAAAAAUGAUCUUAAACUAUUCUGCUGUCAAACAGCAGAGACCUGAUACACUAAUACUGAGCAGUUCUGUUAUAAAUACAUAGUAGCAUAGAGCUUCGUCAGUUGCACUUUACCAUAUAAAGUCGUGAUUGUUGUUUAUAUUAUUUUCACAUCUUAUUGAUUUCAGUGAAUCACAGACUUGCACAUUUUAAAUUUUAGAGCAUUACGUGUAAUUGACUCUGUUGUUGAGUGAUACAGGAUACAGCCCAUCGGUGAUAUUUGUCAAACUGUGAACUGUUACUACCUGCUUGAUAACAUCAUGAUCAUAAAUCCACUUUUAAAUCA